UUCGGAUUACUCAGGGAAAGUUGAUUUGUGCCGAAAAUUCCAAAAGGUAGAUGUUCAAACUCUCGAGAGAACCAUUACGGUACUCGCAGUCCUGUCAACUCAACGGCAAACGUACUUUCCACCAGGGCUCCCACAUCAUGGCGGAAGCUUCCAAAGGCAAGAGCAGUAAUAUUACAGAGAAACACCAAGAUCCAAUAGUCGCAGAGGAGAUAGAAGGAGCUUUGAAACCCCAAGCAUCGCACUUAUUAUUCGCCUCAAAGCGAGCAAAUGCAUUCACAGAACUCAUGUCUGCAAAGAAGCCUAAACCCGCCGCUGAACCAGCCGAAAUACCAGCGAAGCCCGUAAUGCGAGGCUUCGACGCACGCAACGGUCUAGGUCUAUACAUCGAACAUCCUGAGAAGAACCCCGAGGGCCUUGUCGUAGAGUACGACGACGACUUCGUAGUGAUCAACGACAAGUUCCCAAAAGCAAGGUAUGCCUCCUCAUUGCUUUUCCAAAGCAGCCCUGGACUGAUAAUUCAUAGUGUGCAUCUUCUCUUAAUCCCCCGCAAGCCAGAAUACUACAACCAACACCCCCUGCAUCUCCUCUCCAGCAAUCCCGCUUUCCUCGCCGAAGUACGUCGCUGCGUCGACCGCCUCAAGCAGCUCGCAGCCUCAGAACUGCGCCGCAGAUACGGCCGCCACAGUGCCACAGAUGUCCCCUACCAGUCCGCCCUCUCAGACCUAAUGAGCUCACCCAACCCCCCACCAGCAUCAGAGCGCGACGCUCUCCUCCCACCCGGCCGUGACUGGCUCUCUGAAAUCAAAGUAGGCGUGCAUACACACCCAAGCAUGAACCACAUGCACAUCCACAUCAUGAGUCGGGAGAUGCAUUCACUGUGUCUGAGGCAUAAGAAGCAUUAUUUGAGUUUCAACUCGAGUUUCUUUGUGGAUGUGGAUGAGUUCCCGCUUGAGGAGGGGAGUGAGAGAUUUCAUCCGGGGGACUGGCCGAGUUGGGAUAUGAAGUGUUGGAGGUGUGGGGAGAACUACAAGAAUAAGUUUGCGAAGUUGAAGGGGCAUUUAGAAGAGGAGUUUGAGGUGUGGAGGAAGGAAUGAUGCGGUGGGACUGAGAGCAAGGAAACAAGCUAAGAGAUGCAACAGGCAGGUUUAUGUGAUACCCGACACGGUUCUUUGAUAGUCGUCAUAGCAUACAAGACUAGCCAACUUUUGGUGUCGUUAUAUGGUACAUCGUUUCGUCAAUUUGUGAUU